UUGGGCCAGGCCCAAAACUGACAGAACCCUAGAAAAACAUUCCAUAUAAAACCCUAAUAACCCCCAAACCCUCAUUUUUCUUCUUCAACGAGCAGCAGAUCACGGCGAUCAACCAUGUCGAAGCGAGGUCGCGGAGGUUCCGCCGGAAACAAGUUCCGGAUGUCACUCGGUUUACCGGUGGCGGCGACGGUGAACUGCGCCGAUAACACCGGCGCGAAGAAUUUGUACAUCAUUUCAGUGAAAGGAAUCAAAGGUAGGCUUAACCGUUUGCCGUCGGCUUGUGUCGGUGAUAUGGUUAUGGCUACUGUGAAGAAAGGUAAGCCUGAUUUGAGGAAGAAGGUUAUGCCUGCUGUUAUUGUUAGGCAGCGUAAGCCUUGGAGGCGAAAGGAUGGUGUAUUUAUGUAUUUUGAAGACAAUGCUGGUGUCAUUGUAAACCCUAAGGGAGAAAUGAAAGGAUCUGCCAUCACUGGACCAAUCGGGAAAGAGUGCGCUGAUUUGUGGCCUAGGAUUGCAAGUGCUGCAAAUGCCAUUGUCUAGGGUCAAGUUCGCAUUUGAAGUCGAGUUUUAUCUUCACUUUGAGAUAGUUUUUUAGUCGAUUAUGUUUUUGGUGAUUGUUAAUCAAAUGAUCUUUGGUGAUUUUGUUACUAGAUAUUUUGUUGAGAUGAUGUUUCAAAUUGCAGACAUGAGUAAUGCUUAUUGCGUGUUAUGAGCUACUUAAGAUCAGAAUUUAAAUAUUGUUUUCCUUGCUAAA